AUGUCGACGGCGGAGAACGAAAUCGAUCUUCAACAGAAUGAUCCAAUGGCCUUCUCUCUCCCUCCGUAUCCUAAGAUGAUAAUGGACGCGAUUGAAGCAUCAAACGACCCGAACGGAUGCAACAAAACGGCGAUAUCGAAACACAUCGAAUCGACUCAGAUCACUCUGCCUCCGUCGCACAACACGCUUCUCAAUUACCACCUCAACCAUAUGAAACAAACAGGCCAGCUCGUGAUUGUCAAAAACAAUUACAUGAAACCAAAUCCAAACGGUCCUCCCAAGCGCGGCCGUGGCCGUCCUCCCAAACCUAAACCCGAUGUCGAUCCUAGCCACGCGGCCGCUGUUCCUGCUCCGCCUGCUUCUCCGCCGAGGCCUCGCGGUCGUCCUCCCAAAUCCAAAGAGUCUCAAUCAGAGACUAAAGCGAAGUUGACAGCCAUUGCUUGUUUCUAUUACUUAAUACAUUAUUUUAUGUUAUUUUCUCAGCCUCCACAAUCUUUUCUGACAACAAUGGAGGAGUAUAUUAAAGAAGCACCACGGGUUGUUGAUGUCCCAGCCGAACCACUGCUUCUAACGUAUAGGCCGGAUGAUGGACUGACUGCCGAAGAUACUGAACCGUCACAUGAAGAACGUGAAGUGUUACCUUCAGAUGAUGUGGUUGUUGUAUCUGAAGAGACAGAACCUUCUCCUCCGCCUCCUCCUUCAGCCAGCACUCAGAACUUCAUUGAUACUGAUGAUCUACUGGGUCUGAACAGUGCUGCUCCUGAUGCAUCUGUGAUCGAAGACCAAAAUGCACUUGCGUUAGCCAUUAUUUCAACUGAUGCUAAUCCUUCAACGCCUGGUUUUGGUCAAGCAAAUGAUUACGAUCCUACAGGAUGGGAGCUUGCCUUGGUGACAGCACCCAGCAGUGAUAUCUCUGCAGCCACCGAGAGGAAAUUGGCUGGAGGGUUAGACACGCUUACACUUAGCAGUCUAUACGAUGAUGGAGCCUACAUAGCUUCUCAACGCCCAGUGUACGGUGCACCGGCUCCCAAUCCUUUUGCGUCCCAUGACCCAUUUGCAUCGUCCAAUGGCACAACUCCCCCACCUCAGCAACAGCCAGCAGUGAACAACCCCUUUGGUGCGUACCAGCCGACGUAUCAGCAUCAGCCCCAGCCAACGUAUCAGCAUCAGUCCAACCCUCCUCCUACCAACAAUAGUAAUCCAUUUGGAAAUUUCGGGGAAUUCCCGGUAAACCCGGUGUCACAGCAGCCAAAUACCACGGGUUAUGGUGAUUUUGCGGUAAACCAACAUAACAACCCAUUCCACAGCACAGGCCUCCUGUGAUCAUGUUUUCUCUAUUUACGUAUGUAUCUUUGAUUGGUUUUGGUUGGAGGGAAAGGAGAGAGAGAUGGAGGGAAUUGGUUUUAUUUGUGAGUAAUAGAGUCACAUGAUUGGUUUGAUGAUCUCUGUUUUUUUAUUGUUUGUAGAAAUAUAAAAAUGUCUGGGAUAUAUAUAUAUAUAUAUAU